CACCUUUCGCCCCUCAAUGGUGGCGUCUGACUGACAGCACAAGUGUGUUUGCCUCUACCUUUGCCCUAUGGUGUUCUUGUAAGUUUAUCUGAGAGUGUGUGAGAAAAGCAAGUGUCAUGUCGAGGGCGGACAAGGCGAUUAACAGUGAAGCGGGUGACUGGGGAUACAGUGAGGAUGCUGGAGAAAGGGUAUGGCUCUUGCAGAGCCCCAAUGUGGACUCCAUCCAACCACCUAAUCAAUCAGACGACAGAAGGGGAGGGGCUUCAUCAUUCGGGGCUGUUUUUAUUGUGGUGAAUGCUGCUCUGGGAGCCGGACUUCUUAAUUUUCCUGCUGCUUUCAACAUGGCUGGAGGCAUCACAGCAGGAGUGACCCUUCAGAUGUGUAUGAUGGUCUUUAUCAUCACUGGGCUGGUGAUCUUGGCUUAUUGUUCUCAGGUGAGCAAUGAAACAACAUAUCAGGAGGUGAUUCGUGCAGUGUGUGGGAAGGUUCUUGGUGUCGUAUGUGAGCUGGCCAUUGCUGUAUACACAUUUGGCACCUGCAUAGCCUUCCUUAUUAUUAUUGGAGAUCAGUUAGACAAGCUGAUUGGCGCAAUAAAUCAUGAGUCAGAGAAAGCAAUUAGUUCGCACUGGUACACAGAUCGUAAGUUCACCAUCACUUUGACCUCAGUGCUGAUCAUACUGCCUCUGUCCAUACCCAAAGAGAUUGGCUUCCAGAAGUAUGCCAGCACCCUGAGUGUUAUUGGCACAUGGUAUGUGACGAUCAUAGUCAUUGUCAAAUACAUCUGGCCCGACAAAGAUGUUUCUCCAGGAAUCAUCCCAGUCAGCCCUGCAUCCUGGACCGAUGUGUUCAAUGCCAUGCCCACAAUCUGCUUUGGUUUCCAGUGUCAUGUCAGCAGCGUUCCUGUUUUCAACAGCAUGAAGAAGCCUGAAAUCCGGCCUUGGUGGGCAGUUGUUACAGUCAGCAUGAUCAUCUGCCUCUUUGUGUAUACAGGCACGGGUGUUUGUGGCUUCCUGUCAUUUGGCUCAAGCGUAAGCCAGGAUGUGUUGAUGUCGUAUCCAUCUAAUGACGUUGCGGUGGCCAUUGCUCGAGCCUUCAUCAUCAUCUGUGUUGUUACCUCAUAUCCAAUCCUGCACUUCUGUGGAAGGGCAGUGCUGGAAGGUUUGUGGUUGCGUUUUGUAAGGUCCGAGGUGGAGACCGAUGUGACCAGGGAACGGAGACGAAGGAUACUGCAGACACUCGUCUGGUUUUGUCUCACACUGAUUCUUGCUCUCUUCAUUCCUGAUAUAGGACGAGUCAUUUCACUAAUUGGGGGUUUGGCUGCAUGCUUCAUUUUUGUUUUUCCAGGGUUGUGCUUGAUUCAGGCAAAGCUUUCAGAGCACGAUGUCAGAUCAACCAGUUGGAAUGGAAUCGUGGCCUAUGGGGUUGUUAUGGUUACGAUUGGUGCUUUCAUCUUUGGCCAGACGACCACAAAGGCCAUCUACCAAGAUAUCAUCAAUCAUGCCAACAGCCAAUAGCAGGGGUUGUUGUGACCUCAUGAAUAUUGGGCAUGAAUAUGAACCAGUAGAGACAAACUAAAAACAUGAGAAUGAAGACUGUUCAAAUCACGUCUACCACUGACCUCUAUCACGUCUUCAGGAGACUGUUGCAAAUUUCUCAUAUUGUAAAGCGCAGCAGUUCCACAGAAGUUUGUACCUCUUGAUGUAGUGGAUCACCCACCUGCAUGCAGCAUCAAGCUCUGUGCUCUGGCUGUUUGUGAAUGGAGGACCCCUGUGACAGAUACUAUACUUCACUAUUUUCUGAAUGGAUAUUGACAUUGUGUUAAAUCCUCCAGUGUUAGAUCUU